AUGAGAAUUCAAAUUAUUGUUAUUUUAUUAUCUUCAUUGAUAUUUUCUUCGAUUUUAUUAACAGUUGCACACGAAGAUAGAUAUGAAAUCGAUGUAAAUACAAAGGUGUUACAUAAGGGACAUACAAAUAAGGAAAAAACAAAACACGACGACGACGACAACGACGACCACGAUCACGAUCACGAUCACGAUCACGACGACGACAACGACCACGACGACUGCGACAAUGAUGACGAUGAUGAUGGUCCAAAAGAAUCGGAUAAAAACAAAGAUGAUCAUGAUCAUGAUCAUGAUGAAGAGUCACAAAACCAGGAUUCACCAGGACAAUCACAUGAACAUAAUUCUGGUGAUGCAAAUACGUAA